CUUCAAAAGCAAAAAUCCAUUUUACAUUGUUCCAGACAUUCUUUACUUGAUGAUCGUUUAAGAGUGGAAUUCCAUUGCUUGAUAAAUCGUUGAGGUGGUUCAUAUCUUGGUUUGAUCAUGACUGUCGUGGAAAAUGCUGAUGUGAAAGUGGACUCUUGUGGUCUGAAUGUAGACAAAAACACUACUUCUGAUGAUCAGAACCCAAAACCCAAUUCCUCUCUUGAGACACCAAACUCCACAAAGGGCCAAAACAGUGAAGGGGGUAUCAUCAAGAGUGAGAUAAGUCAUCUUGGUGAUAAUUUUUCUAGGCUAAAUCCGAUGGCCAGGGAAUUUGUUCCGCAUUCACUUGCUCGAACCAACUCUGGGUUUGUGAGAGAUAACAGAUUAUGGUUCACUAACAAUUUUGCAACGCAAGCCAUUUCUGCUGAGGAGAAUGACCAUUUUGCUAGAAGGGGAAGGAACUUUGGUCAAGGGAAGCGAUGGAUGUACAAAAAAACAAGCCAGGGUCAGAAUAAAGAUGUAAUCAGGAGAACUGUAUAUGUCACAGACAUCGAUCAACAGAUUACUGAGGAGCAACUUGCUGGUCUCUUUCUUUCUUGUGGCCAGGUUGUUGAUUGCCGUAUAUGCGGUGACAGUAAAUCUGCUCUCCGUUUCGCCUUCAUUGAGUUCACUGAUGAAGAGGGAGCUGGGUCUGCUUUAAGAAUGUCGGGUACUCUGUUUGGUUCUCAUCCUAUUAGGGUUCUUCUUUCGAAAACAGCUAUUGCGCCUGUUAACCCGACUUUCCUUCCAAAGUCUGCAGACGAGCGAGAGAAAUGUGUAAAGACUGUUUACUGUACUAAUAUUGACAAGACGGUCACUCAAGGGGAAGUGGAAGAGUUCUUUAGAACAGCUUGUGGGGAGAUUCAACAUCUGAGGCUUCUUGGAGACUAUCAUCACCAAACCCGCAUUGCUUUUGUUGAAUUUACGCUGGCGGAAAGUGCAAUUUCCGCGCUUAAUUGCAGCGGUGUUAUCUUGGGUGAGCUCCCUGUAAGGGUAAGCCCGUCAAAGACGCCAGUGAGGCCACACCGCUCUGAUUCAAACUAAAGUUAAUCGCAAUCAUGUCAAAGAGUAGAAGAAGAGAAAGAGAUAUCAAAGAUUUAUAUAAAGAUACUUCGAGGCGUUUUCUGUUGAUAUCAAGAUCCUUUUGUUUCUUUACUUCGCAGGUUGUCCGG